GCCUCAGCCUUCUCUUUUUCUUUAUUCACUUUGGUCCUUUGGCCUUCUCUUUUUCUUUAUUCACUUUGGUCCUUUAAUUAUUAUUUUUCAAUUUUCAGACUGCCUGCAAAGCUCAUAAAUCGCCUUGAAACUGAAAGCUCACCCACUCAGUCACUCACCCACCUUUAUAAAUAUACUCUGGCAUCGACAAUACAACACCAAGGAGCAAGCUUUGUUCUCUUUCUCUUUCUCUCUCUCUAUGUUUAUUUUUAAAAUAAUAAUAUGCUUGGACAGAUACAACUGCAAUUCUUUCUCCUUUUUCUCGUCUUCAAUGUCAAUUACUCGGCAUCUUCCCAGAUUUCCGACGGUAUUACUGUUAGAGAAAAUCCUUUCACACCAAAAGCCUACCUGCUUAGAUACUGGGACAAAGAGAUCCGCACCAAUUUACCCAAAUCUACCUUUCUUCUAUCUAAGGCUUCUCCAUUAAAUGCUGUUGACUCCACUACUUUUGCCAAACUCACCGCCCAGAACACUCUCUCUUCCGUCCUUCCAUCCUUUUGUUCCGCCGCUAAGUUGUUCUGUUUUCCCGAUUUGUCGCCGAGUCUCGAGAAGCACGACACUGACGUCAAGUUUGCUGUUUAUCUCGACAAGAACUUUACCAAUUACGGCACGCUUCGACCCGGUGGAAUUGACUCGUUUAAGAACUACUCCAACGGUGACAAUCUCCCAGUCGACUCCUUCCGUCGAUACAGCCGUGACUCUUCUGGGCACGAGGAUCGAUUUUCUACUUACGCCGAGGAAGCCAAUGUUGCUGACCAGAGCUUCAACACCUACGGCACUAGCGCAACCGGUAGCAGUAGUAAUUUCAAGAGCUACAACGAUGAAGUCAAUGUCCCUAAUCUCCGCUUCACCACUUACUCCGCCGAUGCGGUCGGCCGGACUAACGAAUUCACUACAUACACCGAAAAUACCAACGCAGGGAAUCAGGAGUUCGCAGCUUACGGAAAGAAGUCUAGCGGAUCCCCCAAUGUGUUUACCAGUUACGGAAAAGAAUCAAAUGUGAUUGGGUCGGGUUUUUCGGGUUACGGCGAGCGAGGUAAUGCCGCUAAUGACACUUUCACUUCUUAUGGCGAUGACGGAAAUGUUCCGACCAAUACAUUCAACAAUUACGGCGAUGGUGGCAAUGCGGCUGUUGAAAGUUUCUCCAGUUACAGAGACCAAUCCAAUGUCGGUGACGAUUCGUUUCAAUCUUACGCCAAGAAUUCAAAUUCUGCAGAAGUCAAGUUUUCAAAUUAUGGGAAUUCGUUCAAUGAAGGUACAGACGUGUUUAAAGGAUAUGGCGAGGGCGCUAGAGGCCACGCGGUUAGCUUCAAGACGUAUGGAGUCAACAAUACUUUCAAGAAUUACGCCAAGACUGGUGUUACUUUUGCCAAGUACAACAAUGUCAGCUCUUCAACUUCUCCUAAAAUGGCAACCACCAGUGGCAGUUUGGUAAAUAGAUGGGUGGAGCCUGGCAAAUUCUUCAGAGAGUCCAUGCUCAAGAAAGGGAAUGUGAUGGCAAUGCCGGACAUUAAAGAUAAAUUGCCCAAAAGGUCGUUUUUACCUCGCACUAUUGUCUCUAAGUUACCAUUUUCCAGUUCUAAAAUCUCUCAAUUGAAGCAAUUGUUCCACGCCGCUGAUAAUUCCACCAUGGAGACAAUAAUUAAGGAUACUUUAAGCGAAUGCGAGAGGGCGCCGAGCGCUGGCGAGAUCAAGCGAUGUGUGGGUUCGAUUGAGGACAUGAUUGAUUUCGCAACCUCUAUCUUAGGCCGCAACGUGGUGGUCCGCACGACGGAGAACGUGAAUGGGUCGAAGGAGAAGAUAAUGAUUGGAUCAAUCAAAGGAAUCAACGGUGGGAAAGUUACUAAAUCAGUGUCUUGUCACCAGAGUUUGUACCCUUAUUUGCUUUAUUACUGUCACUCUGUUCCUAAAGUUCGAGUGUAUGAAGCUGAUAUCCUGGAUCCCAACACCAAGGCAAAGAUCAACCAUGGCGUCGCCAUUUGUCAUUUGGAUACCUCGGCGUGGAGCCCUACUCAUGGAGCCUUCUUGGCUUUGGGUCCUGGUCCUGGGAGAAUUGAGGUUUGCCAUUGGAUUUUUGAGAACGAUAUGACUUGGACCACUGCCGAUUAAACUGGGUUAUAUUACAGUCAUCCGAGUCAUCUGGGUUCCGGCUAUUUGUUAAGAAAAAUUAGCCGAUGGCUCCUCCAACUCCAUUUGACUCUACUAUUUUAUACCCAAAAUAGAGCAUAUAUGCAAUUAUUUUUCCAUUGUCAAUUCAGCAGCAAAUGCAAGUGUUAGAAAGGUUAAGUGAGAAGUGUGGUUGAAUGGGAAGAAACCCAGAAACUGAAUUAUGAAGGUGCUUAUUUGUUUUCAA